AUGUACCAACACAACACGCCCCCUUCAAAGUCCUCGAAAUCAUGGUCAUUUUUUCCUGAUGUCAUGAAUGGCCCUUAUGCCUUCGGCUACAAUAUUAACACGGCCUCCAGGGACCUCAGUGCGCAGACGUGGGUUCUGGCGAUUGCCCAGGGACCAUUGACGCUUGGUCUGCAUUGCUCGGAACUCAUCGCAAACGCCAUUCAGCAUGAAAGACUGGAUGCUUGGCUAUACGUUCUUGUUCGUUUGCGCGAACAAACUGUUGCUCAGGCUAGCGAGCCCGCUGAUAUGACCGAGGAUGUUGUUACCUUGAUUGUAGGACUCUCCGGAAUAAUGUAUGCAUACCAGAUCCUGAACUUAUAUAUAGCGCUGUUGAUACCUGCCUGUGUCUUCACUCUCGUCGCACUGCGCCGACCACGCAGCCCCCAGCCAGCCGCAUACGGGCACCUCCAGACGCUCGCCAACCUUGUGGACGAGUGGUCGCCUGUGAUGUGA